GAUCGCGUGUGUUUUGGGGAUGAGGGCCUCUGUUUGAGUAAGUGCGCAGUGUGGGUGACUGUGGCUGUGUUUCAGGGCAGGAUUGUGUGUUUCUCUGUGUGGGGUUUUCCACUUUCAUCACAUCGAGCUGUGGUCAAACUUUUAAAUCUUAAGGAAUAUUUAUUUUCUAUUUUUUUUUAAACAACAAAACGUCAAAGGAUCUCUGUGUGUGGUGACAGUUACACACUUAUCUCUUUAUCUUUGAAACACAAACAAUGAAACUGCUUCUGUCCUGUAUUCUCCUGACAGCUGGACUGGUUACUGGGUACCGCAGUCCACUGAAUGACUACCAGCGCUCUGAGGGCAGAGAGCUGGUUCCUACCUCCUGGAACUCAGCAAGAGUGUUGAUGUUACCAGGCCUGAAUCUGGAGGAGUGUGCGACGCGCUGCUCUCAGUCGCUGGACUGCAGAGCGUUCAACUACGAGACCCGGCCAACCGUCACCUGCAAGCACCUGCCGUGGGUGCGCGACGGCAACAACGCCGAAGUGAAGAGGAACGUGAACUGCAACCUUUACGAGAAGAAGGUCUACGUCAGAAAGUGCAUCGUGAAUAAAGGGGAAGACUACAGAGGGAAGGUUUUCACCACAAGGAGCGGCCUCACCUGCCAACAGUGGUGGUCCAAGUUUCCGCACGAUCACAGGUGGACGCCCACAGCCGCUAACGGCCUGGAGCUAAACUACUGCAGGAACCCGGACGGGGAUCGGAUCGGUCCGUGGUGCUACACCACAGAUCCUGAGCGACGCUACGAGAGCUGCAACAUCCCCCAGUGUAAAGAUGACGUUUGCAUCACAUGUAACGGAGAGGAUUACCGGGGGCAGGUGGACCACACGGUGAACGGCAGAGAGUGUCAGCGCUGGGACCAACAGUAUCCUCACCAACACAUCUACCAGCCGGAAAAGUAUCCCGAUAAGAGCUUAGACGAUAACUACUGCCGUAACCCUGACGCCUCCCCGGUGCCCUGGUGUUACACCACAGACCCCGAGGUGGAGCGAGAGAGCUGCGAGAUCAAGAAGUGCACUGAGGUCCGCAUUGAGAAGCGUCAGCGCUCCAGCUUCACCACCAACUGCUUCCGCGGCCGCGGGGAGGAUUAUCGCGGCAAAGUCAACGAGACGACGUCAGGCAUCUCCUGCCAGCGGUGGGACGCCCAGUAUCCUCAUGAGCAUCCCUUCUAUCCAAACACAUAUGAAUGCAAGGGUUUGGAGGAGAACUACUGUCGUAACCCAGAUGGAUCGGAGGCUCCCUGGUGCUUCACAUCUGUGCCAGAGAUGAGGACGGCGCUCUGCUUACAGAUCAAACGCUGCGCAGACGACAUAGAAGCCGAGGACUGCUACCAAGAAAAUGGGAAAAACUACAAAGGACAGGUCCGCAAAACCCGUAAAGGGAUCACCUGCCAGAAAUGGAACGUUAACACACCUCACCGGACCAAGAUAAACCCAAGGACACAUCCCGAGGCCAAUCUGACGGAGAACUACUGUCGUAACCCCGACGGGGACCAGCAUGGACCCUGGUGCUACACCACUGACCCCAAAACUGAGUUUGACUACUGUGCCAUCAAACAGUGUGCUGGGGAGAAAGUGUCCCUGACUGAGCCAGAAGAGAAGGUGGAAUUCAGCGAGUGUGGAAAGAGAGAGGACCGUUUCCAGAGGACGAUGCUGCGCAUCGUGAACGGGGUUCCUGGAAACUCGCCAUGGACAGUGAGCCUCAGAGACAGGAAAGGAAACCAUUUCUGUGGAGGAUCCUUGGUUAAUGCCAGAUGGGUGAUCAGCACCAAGCAGUGUUUCUCCUCCUGCUACGUGGACCUGCCCGGGUACUCGGCCAGGAUGGGAACACUGUUUCGCGAUCCGCAAGAAGAAGAGCCCGGCGUGCAGACCAUCCCGCUCACCAAGAUCGUCUGUGGACCCUCUGAGUCUCAGCUGGUCAUGCUGCAGCUGGAAUACCCUGCACAGUUUAAUGAGCGUGUCUCUCAGAUCUGCCUCCCUCCUGAGCGCUACAUUGUGGCUGAGGGGACGAACUGUGAGAUCGCAGGAUGGGGUGAGACAAAAGGGACUGGUGACGAGACUGUCCUCAACGUGGCCCACAUACCUGUUCUUAAUAACAAGGAAUGCAACAAGUACUUCAGGGGUCGUGUCCGUGAGAACGAGAUGUGCACAACCUCUUUCCAGGGUGGAGUUGGCGCGUGUGAGAGAGACUACGGCGGCCCUCUGGCGUGUCAGAACAGCGACUGCUGGGUACUCGAGGGCGUGAUCAUCCCCAUGCGGCGCUGCGGACACCCGGGGCAGCCCAACAUUUUCAUCCGCGUCUCGGUGUACGUGGACUGGAUCAAGAAGGUGAUGGAGAUGGCCUAGAGGCAGAUACACUGCCGUUCGACCAGGGACUGAACAAACCCACUUUCAAAAACCCCUCUGCAGCAGUUGUUUUUAUGGUUCACCUGUACAUGUACACCCCCCUCACCACCCCCAUUUUGUUUUUUUGUUUACAACAAAACGUAAAAAUGUACGAUCAUAUUUUAUCACAUCGGAUUUAGAGCAGCAACUGUUUGGUCCAGAAAAUGAUUCAGUUUUUCAUGAUUUCUUUGUUACAUGGAG